AUGGAAGGUUGGAACAUAGCUUCAUUUAAAUUUAACCAUCUACCAGAAACGGAAAUCCGCAAGGAAUGGUUAAGAUGGAAGCGAAAUUUCGAUGUUGUGGCCGCUGCAAGUGACGAGAAGAACAGUAUAAAACUGAAGAACAUGCUAUUAGCGAAAGGAGGGUUGGAGCUACAGGAUCUGUUUUACUCUUUAGAUGGUGCCGACGUGGUGGAAGAUCGAGAGAAUGAAAUCGAUCCAUAUAAAAUAGCGAUCGAAAAGCUGAACGAGUAUUUUUCUCCCAAGCAGCAUGAUUCUUUCGAGCGAAGCGAAUUUUGUAAAUUAAUGCCGUUAACUUCCCAAGAUGGAACACGUGAGCCAUUAGCGAAAUUUUUAAUGCGGUGCACCGAACAGGCCAAGAAAUGCGAAUUUGGAAAAACCGAGGCCGAGAGUCGCGAGUUAAGGAUCAUUGAUAAAAUUGUGUUCUACGCACCGAUGGAGUUAAAGGAAAAACUGCUACAAGAAGAAGAACUAACAUUGACAAAAAUCACGAAGAUGGUAAACUCGUUUGAAUCGAUCAAACAUCAAGCUCAACUAAUUAUGAUCACAGGGAACGAGACAGCUACCAAAGCAAUGAUAUCGGACUCAACCCACGUGAAUCGAAUUCAAGGAAACACGAAACACCUUACUGGAACAUGUUACAGAUGCGGACAGAAAAAUCACUAUGGCAAUGAUCAACAGUGCCCAGCUCGAGGAAGGAAGUGUGAGAAGUGCAAUAAAAUUGGUCACUUUUCGAAGGUUUGUCGCUCUGUUUUAAAACGAAAACAACAUGGAAACACAAGCUUCGUUCCACCAUUAAAGAGAGGAAGAUUCGAAAAUGUGAGGACAAUAGAUGUAACUGAGCACAACGAAGAACAACCCAGUUUCAUCUAUAACAUUGGAGACGGCGAUGAAUUUUUAUGGGUGAAAAUAGGCGGUGUGCUUGUUCAAGUGUUGAUUGAUUCUGGUAGCAGCAAAAAUAUUAUCGACGAUACUACAUGGGAAUAUAUGCAGAAGCAAGGAGUAAAAACGUGGUCACCAGGUCAUAUGCCUAAUACGACUCUGCGUGGGUACGCACGGAAUGCUAAACCGUUGACUGUCUCAAAGGUGUUUGUAUCAAUGGUGAACGUGGAAGAUGCUACUAGAAAUUGUGAGUUAGCUGCCACAUUUUUUGUAGUCGUUGGUGGAUCACAAACUUUACUCGGAAAGGAGACCGCGAAACAGCUGGGUGUACUCACAAUUGGACUUUCUAGCUCAGAUACGACGAUUAACGUGCUGGGUCCAAUUGAAAAACGACCAUUUCCAAAGAUGAAAAAUGUACAGCUUCGACUUCCUGUAGAUACCAGCGUUGUUCCAGUAGCACAACGUGUAAGAAGGCCGCCGAUUGCAUUACUGACCAGAAUAGAAGACAAGCUGUUUCAGCUGGUAGCUACGGACAUUAUAGAACCAGUUACCGGAGCAGUUCCUUGGGUCUCACCAUUAGUUACAAUUGUCAAGGAUAAUGGAGAUUUGCGCCUUUGUGUCGACAUGCGUCGCGCCAACCAAGCUAUCCAAAGAGAACAUCACAUGAUGCCAACGUUCGAAGAUUUCUUGCCUCGUCUAACUUCGUCCAGAUUUUUUAGCCGUUUAGAUAUAAAAGACGCCUUCCAUCAGGUAAAAGGAUUCAAUUAUUAUAAAUAG